AGUAUGGUGGCAUGAUGCCAUGGUCGAGUAGUAGCGGCGCUGCAAACUCCAGCUUCCUUGACAUGAGCAUAUUGGGCAGACUAUGGCCGCCAUCCAGUCCAAAUCUGACGAAUUCUGCGUUUGCAGAGGUUGCAACAGCAAGAAACCCUGAAGAAGGCGCCGAGAGGCGACUGCCACCGGGGAUCGUGGUUUCGGAGACCGACCUUCACCUUCGCCGGCUCUGGGGAUCCCCAACACAGGACAGCGCGACUCGCAAAUACCUUCUUGCGCUCGCUGUAGGGUACGAUGAGAAAGCCAAUGUCGAUGCAACCAUUCAGAAGUUCUCCGACAACUUCGACAUCGUGCUGUUCCACUACGAUGGCCGCACCACGGAGUGGGAUGAGGAGUUUGGGUGGUCCAAGGAGGUCGUGCAUGUCAGUGCAAGGAAGCAGACCAAAUGGUAA